UUUGUCAAAACAACAAUAUUUUGCGCACGAAAACAGAAACUUUUUUCAGAAAUUAUUAGUAUUUUGCCGGCAUUUUACUGGAUUUUUAUAAAACUGUACCAUUAUUAUUAUGAAACAUGGUACCAUAAGUAUAAUUCAAAUAAUAAAAUGAGCUCCAGGCAUGAAAGUGUUCAGGAAAACACUUCUACACCAAAACGACGUCGACUUGGUACAGGUAGAAUUUUGAGGGUGACUAAGCCUAAUAAAGAAAACAGUUUUCUACUUUCCAAUCAUAGCCCUAUUUAUCGAAGAGUUACUGCUACUGUUAGACCUGAAGUAUGUGAAUCACCACCAUUGCCUUCUAACCAAAUCAAAUAUCUGCAUGAUUCACGAAAUAGCAGUUCCAGCGACAUCCCAUCAUCCCCUGGAGUUUUUGAGAAGAAUGACGAACAUUGGGAGUCUUUAUCAUCGACUAACCUGGAUGACUUGUGCAAAAGCGAAGCUUCAGCUCAUAAAAAUGUGUCUGAAAUUGAAGAUAUAUCGGAUGAUAUGUUUCAGUCCAGAUUGGAGCAGGAAUCGAGCCAGGUAAAACCAGAAUCUCAAUUAAAUUUACCUAUAGGCAUUAAUCAGACUGAUUUUGAUACUCAGCUCAAAGAAUCAAGUUUUAUAAGUGGUAGUAAGUUGUUAGAUUUAAGCCUAGAAACAAAAUCAGAAGAGAAUCAAGACAUGAAUGAAUUAUUAACUUCAAAAUAUGAAAAGCAUUUUAGAGAUAAUCUUGAGGAGAGUUUUGAAAUGGUUAAUCAAUCCAUUUGUGGUAUACAAGAAGAAACUAAGAAAUCAGACAGGAGCUCAUUAUUUGAAACUAGGGAUUCUUUUUUACUUGAUAUAAGAGAAAGUGGUAUGAUAACAAAUGAAAAAAACAGUAAUCAUGAGUUUGUAAAACCGAAGACUCCUAUGAAAGACAUUAACAGUGACAAUGGGUUCUAUGGGCUGCCGAUAGUAACAAAAAGCUUGUUCAAGACAUACAGGAAUAUUGAAAAGUUUUAUGACUGGCAAGAAGAAUGCUUGAACCUUGAUGCCAUUAAAGAGAGGCGUAACCUGAUCUACGCGCUCCCUACCAGCGGUGGCAAGACACUUGUAGCUGAGGUGCUGAUGCUCCGGGAAGUAUUGAAUAGGAAAAAAAAUGCCCUAUUUAUACUUCCAUUUGUAGCGAUUGUGCAGGAGAAAAUUUGGGCCCUAUCACCCUUUGCAAUAAAGUUGGAUUUUCUGGUGGAGGAGUAUGCAGCAGGAAAGGGUCACUUGCCUCCCAAAAAGAGGAGGAAAAAGAACAGCAUUUACAUAGCCACCAUUGAGAAGGGGCUGGCUCUACUCAGAAGCCUCAUUGAGUUGAACCGGCUAGACGAACUUGGGCUUAUUGUGGUAGAUGAGCUACAUCUAAUAGGGGAACCAGGUCGAGGUGGGACCUUGGAAAUUCUGCUCACUACUGCCAUGUUUGCUAGCAGUAAGUAUCUUGGUAAAUACUUGGAAAUUAAAGAUAGAGAAAUGACAUUGCACCGGACAGCCGAUCGCGUAUCUCUUGCAAGCGCGUUGCGCGCUGAAGGAGCCAGCAGUGACUUAGUAAAGUCCGUUCGUUACGGAAUCGCCUUCCACCACGCCGGGCUCGCUGGCGACGAGAGAAGUCUGCUGGAGCAGGCUUUUAGAAACGGCGUAAUCUCGGUCCUAUGCUGCACGUCAACUUUAGCUGCGGGCGUGAAUCUACCCGCAAAACGCGUGAUCGUGCGCGCGCCGUUAGUAGGCCGCGAGUUCAUUACGCUAGCCGCCUACCGCCAAAUGGUGGGCCGGGCGGGCCGCGCCGGCGUGUGCGAGGAAGGUGAGAGCAUAAUAAUCUGCGGCGCGCGCGAGUGGCCGCUUCUACGCGGCGUGCUGCGUGGUGGAUUACUUGCGGCCGCGUCGCAACUGGCACCGGCUGCGCCCGCGCUCGCUCUCAGUGCCGCUGCGUUGAAACUGGCUCACACGCGCGUUGGACUGAGAGAGCUGCUGGCUAGGACGCUGCUAGCGAGGAGUUCGGAAGUGGACGUGAAGCAGCUCUGCGACGAUUCCAUACGCAGCCUCAUCCAGUCGGGCGCUCUACAGGUAGCGAGCGGAGAAAGAGACCCUGACGAUACCACGUGCUACGUGCGGGAUGACGACGAGCUGGUGGUCAGCAAGCUAGGGCGAGCGGCUAUCAAAG